UCGUGUCCCCCCUCAGUACGCCGCCAAGCUGCUCAGCCUGCUGUCGAAGUGCGAGAGCACCCCGCCGCAGCCGGCAGGAACGACCCAGAGCUGGAGGCCGCACCUCUUCUUCGUCUAGCGGGCAGCUGCGCUGCUCCCUGCGGAAGCUCCUCGCGGCCGACAGGUAGCUCCCGAGAGCUCUUCCUCCUGACGGACUGGCACCUGGCGCAAGGCUUCGGCCCAGGGCGCGAAAUCCUCGGAGGAUCAGGCCAUCGAGGAUGA